AUGUUGAGAUAUGGAAGCAGUAUGGCCCAGACUCGAAUGAUCUGCCUGCCGAACAGGAGGAGUCUUCGACUAAGCCCCCCUCAAAAUGAAAGGCCGACACCAAGACCUCCAAAGAUGAAGCUACAACUUCGAGGGACUCAAGUGAGAGUUGCUCUUUUGUCGUCUUCCAGGGUCAAGCAUCUUGUAGGCACAGAUAGCAAGAAGAUUGGCGGCAUGCGGAAUGUUCGAAACAUUCUACUUAAGUCUCCCACUAACCAGCUCAAAGACUAA